GACCAUCCGCGUCAGUCCUCCACACGAACUCCACGGCACGCUGAUCGCCCAUUCCUUUUAGACGCAUAUACUGGAAAAAUGAGGGAGUUUAUUCUUUUAAUCGUUGUUUCAGGAAUCCUGUAUGCCAACGCCCAAAUGCCUUCCGGCAUGGGUGCGGCGGGCAUGGGUGCGGCUGGUAUGGGCGGGGCCGGUAUGGUCGGGGCCGGUUUGGGUAGAGGAAUGAUGGCAAUGGGAGCAGCCGGGGCUGCUGGAGGAAUGGACAUGAAAAAAAUGCUUAGGACCCGUGUUAUGAUGAAUAUGAUCCAGAAAACAGGAAAGGGGUCUUUCUUCCAGAACAUGAUGCAUGUGAGAACUUUUUGUGAAUCUGGAGAUUUCGUCAUGGGUGAGGGAAUCGCUGGUGUCAUGAUGGCUGACUGUAACAGGAUGAUGGGGUUAAAAUGUAUGAAAAGAUCAACGGAAAAAUAUGGCAUGCCAACCUUCCUUAAAUGUCAACCGAACGGUUUAUGCUGCUUUGAUGGUAUCCGAGAAAAAUUAUUAGCCACCUCUUUUGCUGCUCAGAAAUAAAUAAAGGUCCAAUUGAAAGAUAUUUCCAAAAGCUUAUCUGUCAUCAUCACCAUUACAAACCACAGGAGCGGCACGUGUUGUUUUCUCUAUGACGUCAUUUCCUUUAUUUACAUGCCUUUCGCAAAAUUUAUAUAAGUAUUCAUCUAAUGGGACCCCAAGGUCAUUUCCAGUAAACAUUAAAUUUUGUUGAAUUUUAA